GACUCUCGGCUCUACACAUACUGAGAACGUGCUUUAUUUUUUUCUAAAAAAAUGCUAAAUGGCUGUGGACUUCCUCUUCCUUCCACAAGAGCACAGCAUGUUCAAAAGAGCACAGCAUAUUCAUACUACACUCAGACCUACAACAACAACCAUCAAACAUUAGCCAGAACGGAAACACAAUGAGUGUGGGUGAAGUGAUCUACACUUUGUUGGAGGUGCUCAUUGCUAUUAGCUGCUGUUUGGGUAACAUGCUGGUUAUUUUGGCUCUGUGGACCAGUAAAUGCAUCCACCUGCCCACCUUUAGCCUUAUCAUCUCUCUGGCUGUUGCUGACUUUAUGGUUGGCUGUGUAGCCAUACCAUUGGCUGUGGUGGUGGAUGGACGAGUGGAGGCUUCAUUUCACGGUUGUCUCUUCAUCAGCUGUGUGAUCAUGCUGUUGGCUUUGGUCUCAAUUUUGUCUCUGAUGGCCAUUGCAGUGGACCGCUACCUCCGGGUGUUUAUCCCUCUCAGGUACAAAAGGACUCUAAGACGGAGACAUUCAUGGCUUGUGGUAGCAGCAUGUUGGUUUGUUGCAGUACCACUAAGCUUUGCUCCCAUGUUUGGGUGGUACAACCAUGAAGCCUGGUCUGAGUCAGUCAACUCUACCAUUGUCUGCCGGUUUGUAACUGUGAUCCCCAUGUCAUACCUGGUUUACUUCAUGUUUUUUCUCUGCACUUUGAUACCUCUGGUGAUUAUGACUGUAUUGUACUGCUGUGUAUUCUGUACCAUUCGAGGAUCCCUCAGAGAGAAACCAGGCAGUGGUGCCCAAAAAAAAUCUCAGAAUUACCUAAUGAAAGAGAAGCAGCUGGCAGGAUCCCUGUCCCUGAUACUGGCCCUGUUUGCCCUGUCCUGGCUCCCUCUACACAUAAUGAACUGCAUUGCUUACUUUAGAGGGGUGGAGGCUGUUCCAGGUAUAGUUUUCUAUGUUGGCAUUCUGCUUUCUCAUGCUAACUCAGCUGUAAACCCAGUUGUGUAUGCGUUCAAAAUACAAAAGAUUAGAGCUGCAUACCUGAAGAUCUGGAGACAGUGUAUUGCAUGUGGUGAAGAAAAUCAAGCAUCUCAGUCAAGCCAGACGACGGACAAUCUCAGCAGUAACAGUGUGGCCAGAAAUAUGUGAAGGCAGAUUUCCUUGUUUGUGUGUUUCUUUGUUCUAAACAGUCUUGUCUAUCUCUAGUUGUCUAUUUUUUGUUUGUGGUUAGUUCUGUGAUAGUUGAUGCCUUUGUUUUUGUUUUGUUUUUUUUUUUAACUUUUAAACUGUCUACAGAGCUCUAUUGUUUGCAUUUUGUUUUCUACAUAUAUUUUGUGAGUAUUUACUUCCUAUCUGCAGUUUUCUGUACAGUUUCCUUUGCUGACAGCUAAGAUAAUACUAAAUACUCUCUGUAUAAUGUAUCAUCUUUGUAUUAGUUGCACAAGAUCAUGAAUGUUCUCAUCUGACUGAGUAAAAUGUCGCCAAGUGUACUUCCCGAAAUGUGUUCUAUUAAAGAAGUAGUUUCAAGUCUACUGUUUCACCUCCUUUGUAUGUAAAUGUAAAUUUAAUGUAAAUUUUCAUUUAUUAAUAUUAAAUUUAGCCAGUCAAAUUAAAAUUAAUUAAGAUCAGUUCUAUACAGUUGAGAAUUAAUAUUUGGUCAUCUAGGAUGUAAUACAACACAUGUUUCCAAAAUAUUAAAGACAUUUCAUAAAAAUGGCUAUUGAUGAAAAUAUGGAUGUUUUCCAAGAGAUUCUUACAAAAUAAAAAACAUUCUUGCAAAAUUAAUGAACAGCUGUUUCAGGAGAGUUACAACAAAAUGAGCAAAUUUAUACCAACAUUUUUUCUGAAGUUUUAAAAAUAUAUCUUAGCUGUGUAAACUCUAUGAAUUAGUUUGAAAGAAACUUGCUAUCAGAUGAGGCCGGUGAGAGCCAAGCCUUUUUCGAGGCCAAGCUAUCCACAAAAUGAUUCCAGUAUGAGAUUACAAAUGGUAAUCUUUUUAGAAAGACAGUUCUGCUAGAUUUAUUGUUACUACAGGGAUGUAAGAAAAACAAAAUUUCCCUCCCGUGAGUGCCUGCAGUCAAAGCACAUUACAGCUGAUGACUAACCCUUGGUUGUUGCCUAAAUAGCCUAGAUAUAUCAGAAAAGGGUGUUUUUAAACUGUGCCUGGCUCUAGAGGCUAUAAAGGGAUAGGUCUGUGCUCACAUUGUCAAGUGCCCUGAAUGUGGGAGAACAAAAAUACACAUGCCUAAAGUCUUUGGCAAUGAAAGCUAAUGGCACGAAUCUGCUGCCAGGUGGACACAACUUUAUGUUGCCACACUGCUAUUUAUUUAUGUAUUUAUUGAUUGAUUGAUUGAGAUAUUGGCAGGAUACUGGUGUCAUUUGUUUGCAGCUGCCAGACGUUAGUGUGAAAGCAAUCACUGUCACCAUGAAUGAAGUGGAUUAUCUUCUACAGCCCACAUUUGACAUUCUGCCUUUUUAAGUAAAACUUGAGAUGAAACACCUCUGUGCCCACCUGCUGUUAGAAACCAAACCACUGGUAAAAGUAAUGGCAGAUUGAACAUGAAGUGGUACCAGAUGUGGGAGCAGCAGAGACAGAUUUAGCUUACUCAGCAGAGCUUCUCAAAUAGAGCGUACAGACGGGGAAAUUACCAGCAUUCAUUUGAUGAGAACCAAUAUGUGCUCAGGCACAUUAUGUUUGGAAAACGUAAAAUAGCACGUUAUGCCAAAUUGUAAAAUUAUGUAAUUUUCUGGUAGUUGUGACCCCACCAUUUUCUUCCACCCAUAAACCCACUGCAUAUUGCUAUUUUUCAUGGAUGUAACUGUGGAUAGAAAGACACGUCCCCAUAUUUAAUCUUACCUGCAAAGAUCUAGUUGGUCGACUAUUUCUCCAGUCGGCUGAAGUAGCCACCACCGAUCCAAACAUCCGUCAUAAAUGACUCUCUGAACUAAAUCUGUGAUGUGCUGGGAUUCAGGGGUCCGGGUGGCUGAGUAGAUGUCUUUUAGUUACCUCCGACAAGCAGGUUAUCUUUUCACCCGUGUCUGUUCAAUUGUUGAUUUAUUUGCCAGCAGGGUUACGCAAAAAGCACAGAAUUUGAACCGAACUUGAUGGCGCGAUGGCAAAGGGGCCUGGAAAGAAUCCAUUAAACUUCGGGGCAGAUCCUGAUCGUCAUUUACUAUGAAAUUAAGU